AUGACUUUGGAGAAAGAUAAUUUGAAGAAAAAACUGAACGAAAAGGAACAGGAGAUAAGAUAUAUGACUUUGGAGAAAGAUAAUUUGAAGAAAAAACUGAACGAAAAGGAACAGGAACUAAGGAAAAUCACGGAGGACAUGGUGAAUCUGGAGGAACGAAAUACUACACUUGUGACCGAGAAUUUCUGCCUUGCAUCAUCGGUGAAGGAGUUAGAGAUAAAAUUGAAGGAAUUGGAGCAAAUGUUGAGCCCAAAGACUCACACCUCAACAGCAGCUCAGCAGCACAGCUCCCCACCACCUAACUCAGCAGAAGAAAACACAGAAAAGAAAGAUCAAUCGACUGUUGAGGAAGGUCAGUCCCAUGGGUUCUGCACAGUCGAAGAAUCUGCAGCAGCAGCAGCAGCUCAAUCUCCACCUCACUGUACAGUGGCAGAAGAAACUCAAUCGACACCUCCAUCACACAAGGAAAAGAAAGAUCAAUUGACUAUUGAGGAAGGUCAGUCCCAUGGGAUCUGCACAGUCGAAGAAUCUGCAGUAGCAGCAGCAGCUCAAUCUCCACCUCACUGCACAGUGGCAGAAGAAACUCAAUCGACACUUCCAUCACACAAGGACUCACAGUUCCAGAGCCCCACAGUCCACAUGCUCACAGUGGCAGAAAUGGAACAACAAGCUGACAUGUUUCAGAUAGUGAAAAGUCCUAUAGUUGAAGAAGCAUCUCAACUUCGUACGUUGAGCAUAGAGAAAGAGAAUAAGACACCAGAGCAGAGCAAAAAGGGAGAGUUAACAAUGCACCUUACACAGCAACAUUCUGGGGAAACGAUGGUAGAACAACAGAAGUUGGACGAUGUACCAGAGGAUGUUCUGGAAGCAAUAAGACAGAUGGACGCUGCAGAAAAUGCACAAAUCAAUAAAGAGCAAGAAGAGAAACAGCUACCUCCUGAGGUCGUAGACUGGGAGAAGAGCAAAGUAUACAAUUUUAUGGACCAGGACACCAAGAGGAGAGUCCAGAAAUACUGGCAAAAUGCACCAUCAGGAGUACUUCUGGGAUGGAAGACAGUAUGGAGCACAGGUUUCAAGACAGGAUUUAAAAGACAUGAUCAUGGACGAACCGAUAGCAAGCAAUUGCAUCGAAUGUUAUGGAAUUCUCUUGACUGA